GCGCCUCAACCGCCGCCGAGGAGGAGCGGGAGCCAACAUGGCGAAAGCUGAGCAGGUCUUGAGCCUGGAGCCGCAGCACGAGCUCAAAUUCAAAGGUCCCUUCACAGAUGUUGUCACCACAAAUCUGAAACUUGGCAACCCUACAGAUAAAAAUGUCUGCUUCAAAGUGAAGACUACGGCUCCACGCAGGUAUUGUGUUCGGCCCAACAGUGGAAUUAUAGAUGCUGGAACGUCAAUUAAUGUCUCUG